ACCGCGCGGUACCCGAUGGGCUCGGCCGCAGCGAGCUCCUGCCCCGAGGUGUUUGUCCGGCGCUGGAAGGCGGUGGAAGGCCGGGGAGCAGAGCUGGUGAGGUGCAGGCUGACGGGACACGAGCUGCCCUGUCGCUUGUCAGAGCUGCAGGCUUACACCAGCGGUAAGAAGUACCAGCGGCUCACAAAGGCAGCUCAAGGGUUCGACUAUGGCAUGUUUGAGCCCCACAUAGUGCCCAGCACAAAGAAUUUACACCAGCUGUUCUGCAAGCUCACCCUCAGACACAUCAACAAGCUUCCAGAGCACGUCCUGCGUCAUGUCCAAGGGAAGCGCUACCAGAAGGCCCUGAAAACGUAUGAGGAAUGCCAGAGGGAAGGAGUGGACUACAUCCCUGCCUGCCUGAGACAGAAGAAGCAGCAGGCACAGCACUCUGAUGACCAAACAAACGGGAGCAGGCAGCCUCACAGGAAAGAGGAGUUCUGGGAGCCAGAGUUCAGCAAGGAGGAUGGAGAGGAGACAGACGACAGCAUGAGUGACCUGUACCCACCUGCACUCUUCCCAGAAAAAAACCCAUCAGCUCCACAGACCACAAAGGGCAGUGAUGACUUCAUGACAGACAGCGAGGAUGACGGGACCAAGCAGAAUGGAGAGCACGGGACAAGGAGGGACAGCAGCAGAGCAGCUGGCAAAAGAGGAAAGAAACAGACAGGUCCUUUAAAGAAGAAAUUCAAGAGCCACCAUCGAAAACCCAAAAACUUCAAGAAAGCAAUCAAUGGGAAAUAAAUUCUAUGAUAAAAUA